UGUCAUUAGUGUAAAGCUGUGGAAACCUGUAAAGUAGUGUUUAGUUUGUCCAUGUCCUAUUAUUCACUUAACUCAUGAUCACAAUGGCUUUUCAAUGCUGGAGCACUUGGCCAUAGCAUCUCCUGUUCAGUGUGGCGCCCAGGGGUGCUUUGUAAGGUGAAGGAAAGUGGAGAGUUUGUGCCUGCAGACUAGGUGUUCCUCGAAGCGGGGAAGCAUUAUGAUACUGUACGAGUACAGUACGGUGCUGUAGGGGCAGUGCCGAGGUCGGCCGCUUUUCUAGAGCUGGGUGUGUGCCUUUAUGAAGACCGGGUAAGAGUAAAGUAGUAAAGUUGCCGCGUUGGAAAUUCCAUUAUGAACAUGGAAAAACCAUCAUACACUCUGGACAACAGGUCAUAGUAAAUAUCAUUUUCGAGGAGGUAAUGCAGACAGACAAUAGGAUGGAUUUUGCUCAGUGGUGGUGAUCUGCUAUCGGAAGGGCUCCGGGUAAGUUUUGUUUUGUGCCAUGCUGUACUGUACCGCAUUGUCCCAUAGACUACUGGUAUGAUACUCGUGCAGUGCCCGUACUCGUACUCAUACCGGUGGGGAAGGGUGAAAAAAAGAAGGAAAAAAGUUGGGUGUUAAAAGCAAAGGGUCUACCGGUAGCUAACCAUAGGUAAGUUAACCCGCUUGCACUCCCAGGCACUGCAGAAUGUUUCUCCCAAUCGGUUUUCUUCUAGAAGUCAACCAACUUCUCUCUUCCCAACAAUUUUUCCACAACAACAUCAAAAAAGUUUGUUCACAGCGCCACCCGUCUAUCAUACUCCACUCCGCACUCCCAAACACAAACAAAUUGUCAACAUCUCAUCAUGUCUAUCCCAGCCUUCUCCGACAUUGCUAAGCCCUCCAAUGAUGUAAGUUAGGCUUUGGCUUCCCUAUUCCCGUUUUGCUCUCUGUCUCUCGGUCGGAGUAUCUGGCUAAUGUUCAGGGCCGAAGCUCUUGACACGGGAUUUUUAUCACACGGCUUCCGGUUUGUCAUACUACGGGUCUAUAUAGUCGAGGGUGCAAACCAGUUUGGGUGAAGUCUGACAAGAGUGUUCUUUUAUUUUUUUAUUUUUUAGCAAACCUUGAGGUCAAGUCAAAGGCCCCUAACGGCGUUGCUUUCACCGUUAAGGGGAAGAACGACCACAAGGUCGGAGCUAUCAGUGGUCAGGUAUGUGCUGCACAAAUAUCAGUCCCUCCCAUUCGUUUGUGACAUCUAUACUGAUGGGGUACCUCUCAUUGCUUCUAGAUUGAGGCCAAGUAUACCGACAAAUCGACUGGUAAGAAACCCUUAUUUUUGCGAUUUUUACAUUUUCCUUUCCCCUGACCCCUUUGUUUAUGGUCCUUUUUUUUGUUUACUAAUGAAUUAUUACAAUAGGGGUGACCCUCACCCAGGCCUGGACAACCACCAACGCUCUCGAUACCAAGAUUGAGCUGGACAACACCCUUGCCAAGGGUCUUAAGGCCGAGGCCAUUAUCAACCCCUUACCUGCAAGCAAGUCCAAAGGAGCCAAGCUCAAUAUCCAUUUCCGUCAACCCUUGUUCCAUGCCCGUGGUUUCUUCGAUAUCCUUAAAGGUCCUUCCUUUACGGGCGAUGUCGUUGUCGGUCAUGACGGCUUUCUCGCUGGCGCUGAAGUUGGCUACAAUGUUGUAACGGGCAGUAUCACUCGCUACUCUGCCGCCGUAGGAUACUCUGUGCCUGAGUAUACCGCUGCUAUCACUGCGACGAACAACUUGAAUCUUUUCGGCGCCUCUUAUUACCACCGAGUCAAUGCCCAGGUUGAGGCUGGUGCUAAGGCCACAUGGGAUGCCAAAGGCGGGAACGCUAGUGGUGUCGGUCUCGAGAUCGCUAGCAAGUACAAGCUCGAUUCUUCCGCUUUCUUCAAGGCCAAGAUCAAUAACCAGGGGAUUGCUGCUCUUGCUUACAACCAGCUCCUCCGCCCUGGUGUCACUUUUGGCCUUGGUGCCUCAGUUGAUACUCAGCGCUUGAACGAGUCUGCUGCCGCCCAUAAGGCUAGUAUAUCUGCAACGUAAUAAUGAUUGCCCAACCUGCUAACGGGGCACGACAGGUCGGUCUUAACUUUGUAUUUGAGGCUUAGGUGCAGGAUCAUGGCUGGAUAGGCCUCUUGUGAGAUUCCCCUGCUGGCCGCGUAUACUACUGGGGCAUGCUGAUAUUUACAAGGGAUGUCAAUGUCCAUUGGGGCCAGUUGAUAGAGGCGAAGUUUGUUCUCUCAUCUGUAGAGUUAUUCAGUCUGAAACAAAAAAAAAAAAAAAGCCACCAUGCGGUCUUUUCCGUAUAGAAUCCUCGAAUGAUAGAUCACCAGAGCUUAUGAUUCAUUUUUUAUACCUUGUGUUUUCAUUUCCUAAUUCUCUUUUUUUCCACGCUAGGUGAAACUGGUCUCGUACAGAGAUAAGUUUAUUC